AUGCAUUUGCCUAUUAAAUUUUAAAAGCCUUCGCUUUUAUCUAGGUCUUUAUAGUAAUAGGAAUUUCAAUAGCAGCAUUUGUUGGUGCAUAUUAUAUUCACAAAUUCUUAAGUUAGGUAGAUGAUCAUCUCCAAGAAAUAGGAAUAGUAAUAAUUUGUCCAUUUUAGUAGUUUAUCUCGACGACAUUCAUAGCUAAACCUUUUUUCGUUUUGGCUUUAGGAAUAUUUGCUGUAGCUAUAAGCGGAAUUCUUGGUACUCUAAUGAAAGAAAGAAAAUUCUUUUUAGUAUUUUUUAAUUUUGGCAAUUUGUGCUUGGGUCUAAGUUUUUAAUAUUAGGACUUAUUACAAUGGCCCUUGAUAACACUAUAGAAAAAGACCAUACUUGUAAUCCUUCUGAUCCUUAAUAUACAGCAGUCUAAAAAUUGUAUUUUGAAGUAGAUACGGUUUUAUGUAAGGAUUCUUGUGAAUGCUAUUAUUACAAGGAUAUCACUUAUUAAGUAGCAAGAGAAGUAAAAGUGUACUCAAAGACUGAUUAAACAAAAGUAUUGAUCUUAAUAAAUAAUUUAGGCAAUAAAUGCUUAAGAAUGUGAUUAUUUUUAUGAUAGUUUUCCUUUAGAUGUUGAGGUGAUUUAAUGGAUGGAAAAUAAAUUUGAUUGCUCAGGUUGGUGUAUUUCAUAUUCCAAUUAAAUUUUUGAUGAUGUUAAUUCUGAUGUUAAGAAUUAUAAGUAAUCGAUUAUAUCAUUUUAGCCAUGCUAUGCAGCAGUAGGUAAUUAUUUUAAAACAAUAUUUCAUAUUUCUAAAAUAGUAUUUUUGUAAUUUCAUCAAUUAUGGGAGUUAUGUUUGUCCUUACCUGUUGCUUAGGUUAUCAUCCAGAGUAUCAACACUAAUUCAAGAAUUAUAGAAAGAUAGCAGACUAAAAAUAAUGAAGGAUUGUGUAAUUUAUAAACAUUUUUUAUAAAUAAUUCUAAUUGGUAAAAUGAUAAUAAAUCUUAAGAAAUGGCUGUAUACAUUCCAUUAAUAUCAUAAUAAUACCAAAGUAUUUUUUAUAUUAUUAACAAUUAUAUACAAAUUAAGGACAUUAUUAUUUUAGAUUUUAUAUGCUCUUUAUUGA